UAAUAAUUUGAAACUGCGCCAAAGUUUAUAACUUUAAAGAGAAAGAAACAAAAUUGAAACAGAAAAAUGGAGCAAUUUGCGAACUCUUUUUCGGUGUUAGAACUUGACGCUGAUGAUAGUCACAUUCAACCUCUUCCUUCAGGUAGUAGUGGCAAGAAAGCUAAUGGCAACACUUUACCUACCAAAAAGGAGAAGCAAGAUCAACAAAAUCCAGUGACUUCUUCGAGUGAAUACAGGUUACCUCUUGUCUGGAUUGACUUGGAAAUGACUGGUUUGAAUAUUGAAGUGGAUAGAAUAUUGGAGAUUGCUUGUAUAAUUACAGAUGGAAAUUUAGCCAAAUCGGUGGAGGGUCCUGAUUUGGUCAUACAUCAAACAAAGGAGUGCCUUGACGCGAUGGGAGAAUGGUGUCAAAGUCAUCAUGCAGCUAGUGGGUUAACAAAAAAGGUGCUUCAAAGUACAGUUAGUGAAAGAGAAGCUGAGAAACAGGUUAUUGAAUUCGUUAAGAGGCAUAUUGGUACUUACACACCUCUCUUGGCAGGCAAUUCAAUAUAUGUGGAUUUUCAAUAUCUGAAGAAAUACAUGCCAGAAUUGGCGGGGAUCUUCUCUCAUGUGGUUGUUGAUGUUAGUAGUAUUUCAGCUCUUUGCAUUCGCUGGUAUCCUAAGGAUCAGAAGAAAGCACCUUCAAAAGAAAACAGGCACAGAGCCUUGGAUGAUAUUAGAGAAAGCAUUGAGGAACUUAGAUACUAUAAGGCAAACAUUUUCAAGCCAAGAAUCAAGAAAUGAUAGGGUUGCUAACAAGACAGUAUGUGAAUCUUGAUGGGAAGGUUUCAAAUUCAAAUCUAAACCCCAUUGUUAUGACAAAUUUAUGUACCAAGCAAAUGGCUCAUGAUUUUGGAUAAAGUGAACUUUUGGAGUUGUAAAAUCUCAUUUAAAUUUAUAUCAAGAACCCUGAUAUGAAAAUUAACUCAUGUUUCAACAAUUUCAAUAUAUAUAUAUAUAUGUAAAUCCGUUCAAGGGGAAAA